UGUGUGGGUGUUUUGUGACAGAGCCAAAGGUCUAUCUCGGAAAAUUUGUUACUGGAUUUUGACUUUCCUCAUCAAAUCUUUUCUUGUUUGAAUGAUAUGGAUUCUUCAAACAAUCGCAGACUGGACAUAGCAUGUGGUUGAAUGAGAAAUUAUAGUGUUACCUGCUUAGUCAUUUUAUUAAAACUGACGCUUGGAAAGAAUCAGCAGUGGUUUAAACACCUUUGUCAGACAAAGUCUCUGAGAGAGUGAAAGACGGCAUCAUGGUGAAGUUAACUGUGGCUCUUUUGUGUGCAGGUUGUUUUCUGCUCCAUGUGUCAGGCCAAGAAGACUUUGACUUGUCAGAUGCUUUAGAUUCAGUUACUAAGCAACCUCCUACUACCAAAAAGCCACCAGUAGGGAAUCGCCCUAAACCUCUAUAUCCAACUCUGAGACCACAGCCAGGAGGCCAUGGGAAUAGAGAUGACCACCUGAAACCUCAGCCAUAUCCACAUCCUCCACCACAACCAGGAGGCCAUGGAGAUUCUGGGAAUCGCCCUAAACCUCUAUAUCCAACUCUGAGACCACAGCCAGGAGGCCAUGGGAAUAGAGAUGAUUAUUUUGAUUUAUCAGAUGCCCUUGGUGGUAAUGAUGAUCACCUGAAACCUUGGCACAAUCCACAUCCUAAACCACAACCAGGAAGCCAUGGAGAUUCUGGAAGUUUUACUGACUUGGACCUUAGUGAUGGAAAACCUCUGCCUCCAAGGUCCUCAGAUGGGAAUGAACAUAUUUCAACCAAUGGAGGAAAUACUGCUGAUUCUACUAAGACAGCUCAGAUAACAUCCCCUGUUGUGUCUGUGCUUGUGCUGUGUGCUGUUGGGGGACUAGUUGCCUAUAAUGCUUACAAGAAGCAGAGAUACUGUUUUAAACCAAGAGGUACAACAGCUGCCUAAACUGUAAGGCAAGAAAAGGGCCCAGAUUCUAAUGCUGUAUGUUCUGUUUCAUGAAAUAUGAGAUGUUUCUUGGGUGCAACUUGAAAAGCAACAAUAAACCUUUCAAAACCUGACCAAGUAAUAACAUAUGGCGUUGAAGGAAUUGGCCAUUAACAUAGUAAAUAAAGUUUCAAAUUCAAGAUGUAUUGAAUUAAUUGUUUUCUAUCAGCAUGUUCAGUAUUUUAUCAACAUGGAGCCCUAUAAGCAUAUAUCCCUCAUACUAAAAUAUAAAUUCCAUGGAAACUAAUUUCCAGACAAUGAUCCCAAACAAUACAGGGAAAUGCUUAGGUAACUACAGGGUCUAAAUCUCCUUUUGGAUUCAUCCUUGUAUGAGCAAAUUAUGCUGAGCUAUGUUUCAAAAAACACAAAUUUUACCAGUGGAGAUUGCAUACCCCAUGAAUGGGCCUACUUUGCUAAGUCUGAGAUGCUGUUCAUAUUUUUUUCCCAUGUGAUUGUACAACUAUUUCUUGGUGAUUAGAUUUUUAAAAACCCAGUCUGCUAACAAAUGGAAUUAUCUCUGGAUUCAGUCCACUGAAUUUUAAAAGUAGACUGGGAAUACAAUAGCUUGAAUCCAACCAGUUGUUCUGCUGGUGAAAAUAGUUGGAAGGAUCUCCUUUGAUCACCAUGUAGGACAGAGGCAGUAGCAAGGAAGAACACUCAGUGAGCUCGAGCAAAAAAGCUAGUUGAAUCCAGAGGCAUGGGGGGGGGGGGAAGGGAAAUGGCGCCUGGGGCAACACCUACUCUGGGUGCCCCCCCAUGCCUCCCUGUGCCCUGCUUUUCUUAGCAGGCCAAAGAAGCAGCUUGGUAGGGUGGGGUUGAGGGGCGCCUGGCGGCAGCCCAGCCAGGCAACUCCUUUGGCCGGCAGAGGCUCCGCUGGCUGAAGAAGCAGUUUGGUGGGGCAGGGCUGAGGGGAGGGUUGUGGGGGGCGAUUCUCCACCCCCACGUGAUCAGCUGGCAUGCGCCUGGGGACAUGUGACCCCACAUGUCCCCGUAAGUGCUCUGCCUAUGGUUGAAUCUAACUACUGUGAUUUAUACAAAUUUUCCUUUAAUAUAUAAAGCACCGACAUUUCCCACAUUUCUGUGUCUCUUUUAAGAAAGUUUCGCUUUGUAAAGGGCUUGAAUAAGUAAUAAAUUGUCAUUAUCUCUGUUA